AAUCACAACUCGCUAACUUGCUUCGGAAGAUAUUUGAUUUUUUUAAUUAAGUUACUGCGAGGGAUGCUGGAAAUAUAGGAUUUAUCAAUUCUGUUAGCCUGUAAAAAUCACAGAGGAAAGCGGAUUCAAAUAGUAUCGGUAUCCUCGCAAUAAAACACGAUGUCUGGUAAAAAAUGCAAGCAUUGCGGUUCCUCAGAAAUAGAAGUAGACCCGGCCCGAGGCGAUGCUGUGUGCACGAACUGUGGCUCAGUUCUAGAGGAUAACAUAAUAGUUUCAGAAGUUGAGUUUCAAGAAAACGCACAUGGUGGUUCUUCAGCUAUUGGUCAAUUCGUAUCCGCUGAGUCAAAAGGCGGAGCUUCGGGAUUCGGAAGAGCUUAUGUAGGCAUAGGACAAGAGUCAAGAGAGGUUACAUUGAGAAAAGCAAGAGAAGGCAUCACAGCUUUGUGCCAGCAACUUCGUCUUAAUCAGCAAUGCAUUGAUAUUGCCUGCAAUUUCUUUAAGAUGGCAUUGUCUCGUCACUUAACAAUUGGACGCCCAGCUAACCUUACUCAAGCUGCUUGUGUGUAUAUGACAUGCAGAACUGAAGGCACUGCACAUCUUUUGAUUGACAUUAGUGAUGCUCUUCAAAUAUGCUGCUACCAACUUGGACGCAUCUACUUCAAGUUGUCCCGCAAACUUUGCAUUAACAUACCUCCUACAGAUCCCUGCCUGUACAUAUUACGAUUCGCAUCGCAACUGCAGUUCGAUGUGAAGCAGCAUGACGUGAGCAUGACAGCGUUGCGAUUGGUGCAGAGGAUGAAGAGGGACUCUAUACAUUCCGGUCGGCGACCAUCGGGUAUUUGUGGAGCGGCGUUACUAAUAGCAGCCCGUCUUCAUGACUUCUCAAGAACUCCAGCAGACGUAGUACGGAUCGUAAAAGUGCACGAAUCGACACUCAGAAAGCGACUACUAGAGUUUGGAGAGACGCCCUCUAGUGCCCUCACACUGGACGAGUUUAUGACCGUUGACUUGGAAGAGGAACAAGAUCCACCCGCGUUCAGAGCUGCAAGGAAAAAAGAUAAGGAAAGACUACAAAAGUUAAUGGAAGAAGAGGACGGCGAGAGGGAACUUACUGAGUUGCAGAAAGAGAUAGAAUUACAAUUAGAUAGAGACAAUUCAAGAAGAAGGAAGGCUGCCACUGCCACCACAAUAUCACCAGUAAGCAUCGACGAAGUUUCAGCUGAGGAUGUGGAAGCGUCCAGGUUCGCGGCGGAGGACACACUGGACUUGCUCGGCGAGCUUGCUCGUGAGACCGACGGCGCCACCGGCGACCGCACGCAGAGCAAGAUUAGAUUUGAAAAAGGACUCGGUCCAGACUUAGCGGUGAUCGGGUUAGGUCAACCAGAGGAAAAAGACAAAUUCGUAAAGCCGGAACCCAAGUCCCAGUUCAGCAAAGAUCUGCAGGCGGAGGAGUUGGAGCUGAGCGAGCGCGACGAGGAGUACGUCAGCUCCCUCAUCAUGAGUGAGGAGGAGGCGCGCCUUAAGACAAGGCUGUGGAAUAAUUUGAAUGCUGGAUAUUUGAAGGAACAAAAAAUAAAAGAAGAAAUACGAGCCAAAGAAAAGGAAGAAGGUAAGAAGAAGAAAGUCCGAGGAUCUUAUAAGAAGAAAGUAGCAUUGAACGCAGCGACCGCGGGGGAGGCUAUUGAGAAGAUGUUGGCUGAAAAGAAGAUGAGCUCUAAGAUAAAUUACGAUAUACUGAAAAGCCUCGAUCAGCCGGGCUCCUUGGUUACUGCCAGCACCACUGUCCCCGCCUCGCCCACUGCGCCGGCCACGCCCACAGUCACAACUACACCCGCGAGGACUGUAAUUUUAAGUAAUGAUGAGUCCAAGCUAGCGACGCCAAAGGAGACAGUUCCCCCGUCGCCUGUGCCUCGCAAGCGCAAGAAGAAGGACAAGGGUGCGGCCACGGCUGCCGCACCGCCCACGCCCAGCCCCAGGCCGACCCAGCCCACGCCCAGCCCCAAGCCCGCUCCGCCCACGCCCAAGCCCACAACCGAAACUGAAAUAGCGGACGAUUACGAUGAGGAUCUAGAGCCGGAGGUGCCUGAGGUCAACAAUGAGAUGUCACUCGCCGCCAUGUUGCAAAAUGGCGACGACGAUGAUUAUUACGGUUACGACGAAUAUUGA